UUUACAAAGACACAUGUUGAUGAUAAAGAUGUAGUAUCACCAAACAAUAAGGCACGGAAUUUAUUCACUAAGCUAAACGCAUUGUUUGGUUAAUGUCGGAAACAUAACGCCAAUUUUAUUUCCUUGAUUGAACUCAUUUUUGAAAUAUUUUGCCAGUAAAAAAUACCUUAUCUUAAUUAAGGGAUACCUUAUUUUAUUUGCAAUGUCUUCAAUGUCGGCUACUCACUGUGCAAUUGAAAACUGUCGAACAACCAUCCUGAACAAACCGCCGGGAGUUUCAUUUCAUCCGUGUCCAACAAAUAAUGAAAUGCGCAAACGAUGGCUGAGAUUGUUAAAAAAUAAAUGUUCCAUGUUAGAUUGGUACAAAAGCCAGAUCUGUUCCAAACAUUUUGAGCCCAAAUUCUUUGAUUCUCAAAGAAAACUUAAAGAAAAUGCAGUGCCAACUAUCUUUGCACCUUCUCUACCAAAACUAGCUGUAAUGAAAUCUGUGAAGGACCCUCCAAGGACCAGAAUCGACAGGUUAUUGAACAAACUGACACAAGCUGAACUGACAGCCAACAUUAGAAACAGUAUGAGCAGACUGAAGGAGCCAGCUGACCUAGAUGCAUUUGUUUCUGAUGACCUUAAGUGCAGUCCAGAUGCCCCAAAGGAGGCUGUUUUAUGGCUUAUGGUAAAGAAACAAGAAAAUUUGAACAACAGACUAAUGGAUUUAGUUGUCCAGACAAAAAAACAUGUUGAAAUUCUUCAGAACAAUUCUGAAGAAGCAAAUGUUGCUAAACGAGAAAAUGAACAUACUAUUGAGUCUCUUAGAUAUGUUGUCAAAUGUCUUCAAGAGAAGCAUGCUACACUUGAAGAACAAAUUGAGAUACUGACUUCUGUAGAAUCUAGAUAGUUGUAUUACACCAGAAAGUCGUGGACUUUUAUUUUUAUGUAAGUUUCAAUAAUUGUGUUAAAUAAAACAUGUCAUUUAAUAAAU